AACCCCCGAACUCGCCCUUACGGUCGGACGAGUGACUGUUUUGAGUUUUGGACGGACUGUGAGUUUGUGAGAGAGAUGGAGCUCAGCGAAUCGAAUGAGGUAAAAAGGCUGUCAGAACUGACUCCUGAAGACUUCCAGGAGUUUUGUACUACACUGAGGAGCCGAGGGUUGUUGAAGGAAGGAAGUUACACCGAACCGUCGCAGGUGGUGGAAGUCCUGCGUUCCUCGCUGGGCGUCCGCGAAACUCUCGCCUCGAUACAGUCUUCACUGGGUCGCCUCCUGGAAAAUAUAUCGUUUGAACCAUCCAACGUUCCGAAAAAGAGGCCUACGGAGAGGCACGAGUUGUCCUCUGAUCUUCAUCAGCUGAUGGAUGAUCUUGAAAAGGACCAAGUCUUGAGUCCCACAGAAAGAGAACACAUAUUGAAGAACCCUGACCUUAGAGAAAUAGUUCGAUGUCUCUUUGCUCUGGCAGAACAGAAAGGCCCUGAAGCAAGCGAGAAGGUGACACGUUUCUUAGUCCGGAACAAAUAUUUUUUCGUUACAAUCCAUGGGGACCACCGAGCAAAGAUUCUACACAUGAAGUCUAGGAUCGUGUCUGAUGUGUCUUCCUCGGUUCUACGUCAACUGUUGGAUGACCUUGUAAAGGAGUUUGUCUUGAGUCCCAUUGAGGCAGAAAAGAUAUCAAAGAAUCCUGACCACAGAGAAAGUGCUCGGUCUCUGAUGAAUCUGGUCCUACAGAAAGGUCAAGAGGCAAGCAGGAAGAUGCUGCUUUUCUUAAAGCUGAGAGAUCCAAGAUUUGAUGACAGUUGGGGUGACCAUCAAGCAAAGUUUAGAUACAUACAACGUAGUAGGAUUUCUUUCUAUGGUCUACAUCAACUGUUGGAUUAUCUUGAAAAGGAGGAUGUCUUGACUCCCACAGAAAGAGAAGAGAUAUUUAAAAAUCCUACACGUGAAACAAUUCUUAGGUCUCUGAUUGAUCUCGUCGUACAGAAAAGUCAAGAAGCCAGCAGGAAGAUGCUGCUUUUCUUAGAGCUGAGAAAUCCUGAAUUAGAAGAAAAUAAUGACCCUGAAAACGAUGAUCUACACAUGAGGUAUUGGUUCGAGUCUGAUCUGUCUUCCUCGGUUCCACGGCAACUGUUGGAUGACCUUGUAAAGGAGAAUGUCUUGAGUCCCAUUGAGGCAGAAGAGAUAUCAAAGAAUCCUGACCACAGAGAAAGUGCUCGGUCUCUGAUGAAUUUGGUCCGACAGAAAGGUCAAGAGGCAAGCAGGAAGAUGCUGCUUCUCUUAAAGCUGAGAGAUCCACGUCAUCAUAGGAUUUGUGAUAAUUCGAUGGAGCCAAACUGGGGCAUGUCCAGUGGUCCCAGUGGAACAUGGAAGAUGGACAUGGAGCCAUCAGCGACUGGUCACAGAGCAAAAACAAGAUUUGAGCAGGCAGAGCGGCUCACUGGAAGCACAACACUUACUGAAGAUGAAUGGACUAUGCUUGAACCAAUAGUGAGCCAUCUUGAUGGUCCUUGGUACAGGAACGUGGAGCCAUCAGCGACUGGUCACAGCGAAAAAACAAAAUUUGAGCAGGCAGAGCGACUCACUGGAAGCACAACACUUACUGAAGAUGAAUGGACUAUGCUUGAACCACUAGUGAGCCAUCUUGAUGGUCCUUGGUACAGCUUCCAGUGUGGACCAGGUAAAUUUGAAUGCAGUUUGUCGAGCCUGCGCUGGAUUUGUACGGACACAAUGAGCUUCAAGUACCGCUUUGAGCCUUGGUGGGAACACAAGGACAAACUGGAGGCCAUACAUUACAUAGCCGGAGGCCCCCUACUGGACAUCUCAGUGGAUGAGGGACAGUUUGAUGACGUGUAUCUGCCACAUUGGAUCUGCACAGCUGCUAAUUCUUCCCUUUUGGAGCACUUUGCAGUUCUGCGUGUGGAUGAUGAUGGGUAUAUUUUAGAAAAAAACUGCGAGGUCACAUCAUCACACGUCAGGCUACCGCACCCAAUUUUCUCUGUAAAAGGUGUGAUCAUCAGGUUUUCGCACUUGCUCGGCAUUUCGUUGCCCAUGAAGUGCAAGGUGUUGAUAUAUAAGACCAAAAAAACCUUCCUGACGCUGCAUGUUCAUGUGAUCCUGUGUGACCCCGCUCUUGAAAAGGAACUGGACAAGGAGACUUACGUGAAGAUUGAGAAACCUCACCCCGAGGAACCCAUGAAACUGGAUGAGCAAUUCUCCCUCAAAGUCGAUGUUGACAGUGCAAAAAUAUACCCAAAUAAAUUAAGGCUCAAACACGAGAGUGACCCAAAUUUCUUUGAGGUGUACGUCAAGAGCCCGGGGAGUGAAUUCACUCUCAUGCUUGAAAGUGCAGCUGGAGAAGUGUGGAGAUGUGAGAUCCGACAGAAUGACUACGAAAAUGCAACACCUAUUGGGCCUGAUUGUGUUCAGGUGCUGUUGAGAGUAAGGGGAGAGUUUGUGCAGCGGAUCAGCGAGGAAGUAAUGUACCAGUUGUUGGAUGACCUUCUGGGUAAUGGGGACCUGAACGAUGGUGAGAAAGACGCAAUCAUACAGAAAUCCCCGAUUUGUGCGGGGAAGGCGCGGGAACUGAUUGACAGUGUGAGAAAGAAAGGAGAAGCGACUUCCAGGAACAUGAUCGUUUACCUACAGCAGAGGGACCCGACACUUUCCACUAAGCUGGGGCUACCUCUUUUUUAAUGACGUUGGCCAAAGUAAAAAAUAAAAAAUGAAUCUGCUAAGAUAGGCUCCAGCUUACCCCCGCGACCUUAAUAAGGAUAAUUGUUCAAUCAAAAAUGGAUGGAUGUACAAGUUUGUUCAAUCCCCACCUUCUACCAUCCUAGUCACGUCCGUUGUGUCCUUGGGCAAGACACUUCACCCUUGCUCCUGAUGGGUGCUGGUUAGCGCCUUGCAUGGCAGCUCCCGCCAUCAGUGUGUGAAUGUGUGUGUGAAUGGGUGAAUGUGGAAAUAGUGUCAAAGCGCUUUGAGUACCUUGAAGGUAGAAAAGCGCUAUACAAGUAUAACCCAUUUAUCAUUUAUUUAGCCUGUCAAUGAGCUGGGUCAUUGUGCGUUAGCUUUAAGCUAGCGGCAUUAGAGCCAACCUUCAUCCUGUAUAAUUGUAUUGCUUUUUGAUUUUUAUUCCAAACUGUAUUCUUAAUUAUACAUGAUUAUUACAUGUAUGUGCACUUCAUGUGUAUAUUGAUGUACUUUCCUUUGUGUGCUUAGUUUUACAGGGACUACUUUACGGAGAAUAUCAAUUGUCAUUUGUAAAAAAAAGGACUAUUAACUAGGGGUGCACAACUAAAAACAAAAACAUUCACAUCCGAAACACGAUUCUUAUUCAUUCUGAUUCUAAAUCACUUCAUAUUCUUAAAAAAAUUAUUAAAAAAAACAAAACAUCUAUGUGCUUUUUAUAAGAAUCAACUUUUAAAAAUAUGUUUUCAGGCCAUCUUCAUGCAACCAAAAGCAGCUUUUCUAACCUGUAACCUGUUUUGAAAAAGUUUCAUUGUAAUUAUUAUACCGAAUAAUACAUUGCGAGAAUCAGUUUGGUUCGAGAAUCGUGUUAAAUCGAGAAACCAAUUCCCAGGAAUUGGUUUCUCUUGCAAAUUAUAUGAUGACAUGUUGACCAGGUCCCUAGCAAUACCCCCACUGCCCCAAGUAUAUAGGCAAUCUGAGGGAAAUACUGUAUAUAUUUACUUAAUAAAGGGGAAAAAGAGAGCACUCAGAGAGAACUCCAGCUAAUUAGUGAUUACUCGACCCCCAAAAAAUGUCUGCGGGCUCUAGAGCGUUUUCUGUUCAGGCUCCAGUACUCUAGAAUGCCCUGCUGGUAACAAGUAGAGAUGCUACCUCAGUAGAAGCAUUUAAGACCCAUCUUAAAACUCAUUUGUAUACUAUAGACCCCUUUUUAGACCAGUUGAUCUGCCGCUUCUCUUUUGUGCUCUGCCCCCCUAUCUUGUGUAAAGAGGUUCUACAGGCCACAGAUCAAUUUCCACGGUGGAGGUGCUAGCCUUUUCAAGUCGGGACCCGGGUCUGUUUGUGUCCAUUUUGAUUUUUUUUUUUUUUUAAAUGGAUUCCUGCUGGAAUGUGAAAGCUGUAGUCAAUUUUAUCAGACACGUCUGUGUCAUUAUGUUUUAUAGUUUAAGUUUAUUUCAAACAUGCUUAAACUUACAACUUGAAACAUCACAAUUUUCAUGUUCUCUUUUCAAUAUGUUUGAAAAGGAGCAUCCACCGCUUUUCCAUUUUUAUAGUAAUUGCUAACACAUUUGUUUACUUCCUGUUCUCAAUUUGUACACCAUUUACUCCAUAGAUAAUACAAUCCAAAAAAACAAAACAAUAAUGAUAAAUAAAUAGUAAAGUAAAUUGUAAUUCACAUAUUGAGAUGAAUAAGAGUGUCUAAUUUUCAAUAAAUUCUGAAUAUUUAUCAGGAUUCCUCUUUGUACUUUAUAAACACUUGGUGUUUGAACAGUUUCUUGAACUGGAUCAGACUAGUACUUUGACUUCUUCUAAAGGUCUUAAGUGUUGUACAUGCAUACAAUUGUUUUAAACUACAUGUUUUCUCUACAUAUUCGCAUCAACCACAAACAUACUAAG